AUAAUCAGGACAACUAUAUUCAGAAUGGAGUCAAUGUGGAGUCAUUUUUAGUUGGUGGCACUUUGAAACAGAAUGGUAUGGCGUUUGAAGGUGAUGGGCUACGGUUGGAAUCUGUUGAUAAAUAUGAUAGCUCUAUGUGGUGUUUGGAUGUCAUGCAAGAUACGCAUAAAGUAAUGAAGGGACAUAGUAAUGGAUCAAUCUCUCAUGAAGGUAACAUGUUUUUAGAGCAAAAGUUGGACGUAGUAACAACAAUGGUUCCAUUGUCGGUUGUUUCCUCGAUGCACAGGAAUAAUAUUAUAACCAUACAAGGAGAAAUAGUGCCUUCUGUGUCUAAUAUACAAAACAAUCCUUUUAAUGAUCUCACUAAAAGCACUGCCAAAUUUAAGUGUGACAUAUCUGACUGUAAUAAGGAGUUCUCGAAUAAACAAAAGUUUAAAAAGCACCAAAAUACUCAUAACAAAGGAGCAAGUAACAGAACACCUAGACAAACAAUAUUAGAAUGUCCAAUCAAGGCGCUUAAAUCUGGCAUAGAGGAGCCAUGUGGAAGGACAUUUGUAUUAAGAGAAGAACUUUUGAAACAUCUAAAUGAAGAACAUACUUUAGAAGAAGCUAAUCAUGUAUGCGUGCGCAGGUGCGCGGAGUGCGGGCGGCGGUUCUUCUGGGCGUCGGGUCUGCGCGCGCACGGGCGGGCGCACGGGCGCGCGGGGCGCGGCGUGCUGGCGUGCGCGUGGCCGGGCUGCGGCCGCGUGUUCCGCCAGCCCUGCCGACUGCGCGAGCAUACGCGCGCGCACACCGGCGACAAGCCCUACCCCUGCAACUAUCCGUUUUUAAUGAAAGGCGUGUCGCAGAAUUGCGGCUGGUCGUUCCGUACGGCGAGCAAAUUGGUGCGGCACGCGCGACGACAUACGGGCGAGCGGCGGCACUCGUGCGCCGCGUGCGGCCGCGCCUUCCUGCGCCGCGAGCACCUGCGCGAGCACCACGCGCGACAGCACGCACCGCGCGUGCGCCCGCCGCACGCCUGCACGCAUCACGGCUGCGAGCAGAGUUUCAACAAUAUGAGUUCUUUGUAUAUGCACAUGAAGAAGGUGCAUAAAAAAGAAGAAACUAGUACAGAGAAAACUUUAACGUCAGAUUCUACUACUCUCGUGGAGCCUAUUGUGGAGAAUACAUUCACCGUGAGUUUACUACAAGAGACGCCAGUGCAGUACAGUACUGUCGCCAAAAUAGAUAUUGCUGGGGACGUGCAUAUAGAUGGUGUGGUGGGCGUAGAAAUAGCAGCGGAAAGUCAGGAAGAGCCGGUAGAAACAGGGGCUGAAGCGGAAGCGGAAUCGGAGCCGGCAGCGGAGCUGGGAGCGGAGCAGCACGCGGCGCGCACGCACUGCGCGUGGCCUCUGCCGCCGCGCGCGCACCGCCCCGGCGCGUACGUGCUGGAGGAGGACGUUCAAGUGGAGCAAUCGGAAAGUUCGGAAAACAACAUAUACACAAUCAGAAGCGAUUUGUUUCUUCACGGGAAUGUGAUUACGAAUGAAGAUAGCGAGAGUAUGGGUGGUGGUGUGGUGUCCAACGGAACGACUGCCCUCAGCGACGACCUCGACCUACUGGACGCUCACCCCACUAUCGAUCUCAUGCAGGAGGAGUUGAUGUACACGGAUGCGGUAGACGAGUCUUCCUUCCGGGUGUUUCUUCUGAGCGGUGAGGACCUCGCGUAG